AUGUCUGGCUUUAACUUUGGAGCGGGGACUUUUGGGGCCACAAACACAGGCGGAGGAUUCUCAUUUGGCUCUGCUGCUGCUACCAGUGCACCCGCUGCUGCUUCAACCUUUGGGACCAGUUUGGGAACAGUAGCAGCAGCACCAGCUCCCACAACCAGCACCCCGUCAUUGGGCCUUGGAGGCAGUCUUUUCGGGCAAAAACCAGCUGGUGGAUUGUCUUUUAAUACUCCUGCAACAAGUACAGCAGCCCCAUCUGUUGGUACUGGCUUUAGUCUUGCUUUCAAUAAGCCAACCGCCCAAGCAGCACCUUUUUCUCUAACAACCCCAUCUACCGCAUCCACGGUGGCUCCAGUUGCAGCAGGUUUAUCAUUUGGCUCUAUCCUGACCUCCACUGCGCCACAGCAGCCUGGGGCAGCAAGCUUUGGUUUUGGCACCACUACCACAGCUGCAGCUGCAACUAUCCCAUCACUCGGGGGAAGUUUAUUCUCAAGUGCAGCAUCAACAGGAUUGGGACAGACUACACUUGGAGGUGCAGGACUAACGCUUGGCUCACUUUUAGCUACCUCUACAGCAGCUCCUGCUCCAAGUUUAGGCCUUGGUGGUGUCGACUUCAGCACGUCAUCUGAAAAUAAGAACGACACACUCUCUGGAGGAAAUGCACAGGACAGUAAAGCUUUAAAAGAUGAGAAUCUGCCACCACCUAUUUGUCAGGAUGCUGAAAACUUUCAAAAAUUUGUUAAAGAACAGAAACAAGUUCAGGAAGACAUCAGUCGAAUGUCGUCCAAAGCCAUCACUAAAGUUCAAGAUGACAUCAAGAGUCUGAAGCAGCUCCUCUCAGUCAGCUCCAGUGGUCUUCAACGGCAAGCUUUGGCCAUCGACAAGUUAAAAUUAGAAACUGCACAGGAAUUGAAGAAUGCUGACAUAGCAUUACGCACACAAAAAACUCCACCUGGACUUCAACAUGAAAACACCGCACCUUCCGAUUAUUUCCGUAGCCUCGUCGAGCAGUUUGAGGUACAGUUGCAGCAGUAUCGGCAACAAAUAGAAGAGUUGGAGAAUCAUUUGACGACACAAGGCAGUGGCUCUCACAUUACACCGCAAGACUUGACGCUGGCUAUGCAAAAGCUCUAUCAGACUUUUGUUGCACAGGCUGCCCAACUCCAAAAUGUCCAUGAGAACGUGAAGGUCCUAAAGCAUCAGUAUCUUUCCUAUCGACGCGCUUUCCUGGAAGACUCCACUGACGUUUUUGAGUCCAAACGUGCGUCCAACAGGAAAUGGCAGAACGCACCACGAGUGACCACUGGCCCCGCCCCUUUCUCCAGUGUGCCCAAUGCUGCAGCGGUCGCCAUGGCUGCUACACUGACUCAACAACAGCAGCCAACUCCAGGAACCCAGGCCACGUUGGGGGCAGGGUUUGGAAACCCUUUUGCCUCAGCAGUGGGCACUAACACCCUGGGAGGUUUUGGUGGUGGGCCAGGAUUUGGUGGGGUGGGGUCUGGGGGCUCUUCUUUUUCCUUCUCGACCAGUAAGCCCACAGGAGGCAGUCUGAGUGCAGGUUUUGGCAGCAGCAGCACAGGCUUUAACUUCAGUAACCCUGGGCUCAACCCUUCAGCGGGCCUGACAUUCGGUGUGUCCAACCAGCCUGCUACCGCCUUUGGCACCGGAGGCCCCCUGCUCCAGCUCAAGAAACCUCCUCCUGGGAAUAAAAGGGGAAAGAGAUAG